AUGGGCAAAAUUAAAAAUUUCAGUUGUGUUCUUGACCUCUCCAAGUGUCCUUUCAUUCAGGGAAAAAUGUUGUUUGCUCAGCCCAAGGAAGCUGGCUUUUCAUUUAGCCACGAUAUCAAUAGUCCUUUGGCCAGCCUCUCCAUUGUUGGAAACCUGAUCCGCACUCCGGACCCCGCUGUUAAGGAGAAGGCAUUAUGUGCCCUGAAUAACUUGAACGCGAGUGUCGAAAAUCAGGGCCAAAUUAAGAUGUACAUCAAUGAAGUGUGUCGAGAGACUGUGUCACAUUGCUGCAACUCAUUUCUGCAGCAGGCCGGAUUAAACUUGUUAAUAAGCAUGACAGUUAUUAAUAACAUGCUUGCCAAGUCCGUUUCAGACUUGAAGUUUCCUUUGAUAUCAGAGGGAAGUGGAUGUGCUGAGGUUCAGGUUUUGAAAUCGUUGAUGGGUUUGUCUGAAAAGCCAGUCUUGGCAGGGGAAUUGCUGGGUGCCCAAAUGCUGCUCUCAUUCACGUCCCUCUUUAUCAGGAACGGAAACAGACAGGUUCUCCCAGACACCCUGGCCUCUUAAAUGGCUAUCUGGAACAGAAUGGGACUGAAUCCACCCCAAACCCGUUGGGCGAACGCACCCUUGUGUUCUCGGUCAAAGAAUCUGCAGUGGGUGCUACUGAAGAUCCAGCCUUAGCCAAUCAGCACCUCAUGGGGUAAAAGUUAACACUUGCUAAACAGAGGACCACACUCUUAGUGGCCAGGCAGGCAGGGCUCCCACGGAGCUCUGAGUAACUUCUUGGUUCUGCAGUCUGCAGGCAAUGCACAUUGUAAAUUACUCCCUUGCAGCCUUCUUCCUGCGGUGAAGGGAUGAUUUCAGCUGCCAGCUGUGGAUAAAAAACAUCAUGUUAUAGCGUCACAAGGGAUACCUUGCCUGUGGUGGUCUCCCUGUGUAAGCUGGACCGUUUUGUGGAGACCAGACACAUAUCGGAGCUUGUGCUGAAAAUGCAAUUUGUUGCUGCUUAGGUUGAAUUCUUUUUCAUUUACUCUUUCUUCUAUGUGAGCUGAUGGAUAAUGAACCUGUUCAUCAAGAAGUACACGCCCCUUCUAUGUGCUCUACUGACUUAACCUCAUCCACCCAAGCCUGCAUUUCUAUGUAUCAUCAAUAAAGUUGUAUGCUUUGAUCGGCAAAAAC